GGGAGCCAGGGAGAGGGAGUAGGGUCCCCCCCUGUCCUCCUCCUCCUACUCCCGGUGUUGUCUUGUAUAAAAGGGCAGGCAGGCAGAGAGGGAGGUGGGGUGAGAGAUUAAAAAUUGUUCUGAGAGCAGAGCAGAGGCGAGCGGAGCAGAGUCCCUCUUCUCAUCUCUCCCACAACACCAUACUCUGCUUCUGCCUUUGCAGCCACCAUGGUGCAGGCUGCGCUUGAUGACACCAAGCAGCAGCAGCAGCAGCCUCCUCUUGUGUUCGACGCCGCCCGGCUGAGCGGCCAGGCCGACAUCCCCGAGCAGUUUUUGUGGCCGGCGGACGAGAGCCCCACCCCGGACGCCGUCGAGGAGCUGCCCGUGCCUCUCAUCGACCUCUCCGGCGGCGCCGCCAACGCCGAGGUGGUGCGCCAGGUGGGCGACGCCUGCGGGCUCCACGGCUUCUUCCAGGUGGUGAACCACGGCAUCGACCCGGCGCUGCUCGCCGAGGCCCACCGCUGCAUGGACACCUUCUUCACGCUGCCCCUCGCCGACAAGCAGCGCGCGCAGCGCCGCCCGGGCGAGAGCUGCGGCUACGCCAGCAGCUUCACGGGGCGGUUCGCCUCCAAGCUGCCAUGGAAGGAGACGCUGUCGUUCCGCUACUCUCCUUCCGACGACGUCGCCGGCGAGCAGCUCGUCAGCAGCUACUUCGUGGAGAAGCUGGGCGAGGCGUAUCGCCACCACGGCGAGGUGUACGGUCGCUACUGCUCGGAGAUGAGCCGGCUGUCGCUGGAGAUCAUGGAGGUGCUGGGGGAGAGCCUGGGCGUGGGGCCCUCCCACUUCCGGCGAUUCUUCGAGGGUAACGACUCCAUCAUGCGCCUCAACUACUAUCCGCCAUGCCAGCGGCCCUACGACACGCUCGGCACCGGGCCGCAUUGCGACCCCACCUCCCUCACCAUCCUCCACCAGGACGACGUCGGCGGCCUCCAGGUCUUCGCCGGCGGGCGGUGGCGCUCCAUCCGCCCCCACGCCGGAGCCUUCGUCGUCAACAUCGGCGACACCUUCAUGGCGCUCUCCAACGGCCGGUACCGGAGCUGCCUCCACCGCGCCGUCGUCAACAGCCGCGUGCCGCGCCGCUCGCUCGCCUUCUUCCUCUGCCCGGAGAUGGACAAGGUGGUGCGGCCGCCGGGGGAGCUCGUCGACGACCGCAACCCGAGGGCGUACCCGGACUUCACGUGGCGGGCGCUGCUGGACUUCACCAUGAGGCACUACAGGGCGGACAUGAGGACGCUCGAGGCAUUCUCAAACUGGCUCCUCAUCCAUGGCAACAACAGCCACCAACUCUGAACUGAACGCUUUGUUUGCCGGCCUCUGCUGGAUCUGCUCCGAUCCGCUCCCGUACGUAGUUGAAGGAAUUAUAUUAUAUUGAAGGUGUAGGUGAUGGCUGCUUUAUACUGAAAUGAAAUCGAGUUAUAUGAUUGUUAGUUGUUAAGCAACAAGCACGCAUACUAAUAAGCUAUAGCUAGUAAAAAGCUCCCUGGCUUUAUUGUUUU